GGAUACGACCAUGUCCGCUCCCACAUACGCCUUCAAGGGCCCCUCUGCCCCUCCCUCCUCAUUUCCGACUGCCUCGUCCCUCAGAAUCGGAAUCGUGCACGCUCGAUGGAACACGGAGUGCAUCGCUCCGCUGGUCAAAGGGGCGGUUCAGGCUAUGAAGAAGGCCGGCGUCAAGGAGGAGAACAUCGUCGUGGAGAGUGUGCCUGGUAGCUGGGAACUUCCCGCUGGAACGCAACGUCUCAUCACAGCAGGUCAAGUUCAGGCAAGCAGCAAUGUAGACGAUCUCAUGGGAGCCACUUCCCUCCUUGAUGAUGGAGGCAAUGCCGAUGCUUCCUCUCAAUCCAGCUCCAAGGCAAGCCGCGCAGCCUUCGACGCCGUUAUUUCCAUCGGUGUCCUCAUCAAAGGAUCAACGAUGCACUUUGAAUACAUUGCCCAAUCAUGCUGCGAAGGCCUCAUGCGCGUGGGGCUCGACACUGGUACUCCCGUCAUCCUCGGUGUACUCACGUGUCUUACGGAGGAGCAAGCACUGCAGCGUAGUGGAGUCGGAGAAGGAGCGGGCGUUCAUAACCAUGGUGAGGACUGGGGAACGGCUGCCGUUGAGAUGGCAGAGAAGUGUAAUCGAUGGGGGAAGGGCAAGGUCGAGGCGGGUGGGGCCAAGAAUUAUGCGUAGAAGGGACUGAUGAAAAAAGAGGGAGCGGGAUGAGGAUGGUAUUGCGGAGAUGAAGGGACAGAAGAGAAAUCAAAGACGAAUCAAGAUGCUUGAUGUGAGAGUUUGAGCAGAGAGAGGAGUCGUAGGGCG